AUGGCUUGGUCCAAAACCACCCGCAUCAGCAUCAUGCUGGCCAUCGAUAUCGCCUUCUUCCUUGUGGAGUUAAUAUCAGGCUUCAUGGUCCAUUCCCUAGCCUUGAUGGCUGAUGCAUUCCACAUGCUGAACGACAUCAUCUCCCUGAUCAUUGGCCUGUGGGCAGUGACGGUCGCCAAAAGAGCAACCACCAACAAGUUCUCCUACGGAUGGGUGCGCGCUGAGAUACUUGGUGCUUUCUUCAAUGCCGUAUUCUUGAUCGCGCUGUGCGUCUCCAUCAUACUCGAAGCGUUGACUCGGUUCAUCGAGCCCCAAGAAGUCUCGAACCCGAAGCUCAUCCUCAUUGUCGGUUGCUGCGGUUUGGCCUCCAACCUCGCCGGUUUCAUGGUCCUGGGAGGCCACGGUCACGACCACGGGCAUGAUCACGCGCAUGGCGAUGGCCACGUACACGACCACGUCCCCAAGCAUGACAGUAUUUCCGCAGCCGAAGAGGGAAGGGCAAACGCUAUACAGGCGCUUGCGGACGAGAACGGUCCGAUAACAGAUAUCCUGCCCGAGGUCGUUCUGGCGAGGACACAAGCUAAACCCACCUCGCCCGAGACGGUUCGCCGAAUUCAGUUCGAUCGGUCCGUGAGUGCACAGAGAUCGGAGAAUAGCCGAAGAUCGACGUCGAAGGGACAAGGGCGACGACGUGCAGGUAGCAACCAUAGUCGCCUCGCUAGUAUCGACGACCUUAGCAUCCACCCUGCUAGUUUUAGACAGGACAUCAUCGACCACAGCAGAUCAAACCGCGACGAAGACGAGACUGACGAGAGUUCUGCCUCGGACGAUGCCACCGUCGAUACCGUCAUUCGCGAUGAAUCAGAUGUGGAUGAGAACACGCCUCUGAUGGCGAAUGGUAACGGAAAGGACAACGGAGCUAUCGGUAAGGACAAGCACACUCACUCGAGGUCCCGUCACCGGCGCGACUCUGCAGUUCACGAGGAGCAUCACCACAAUAGACCCAGCUCCAAGACAGUGAAGAGUCACGGACACAACCACGCUGAUAUGGGCAUGAAUGCUAUGGUUCUCCACGUCUUGGGCGAUGCCUUGGGCAAUGUUGGUGUCAUCGUAACGGCGCUGAUCAUUUGGCUUACGGACUGGCCUGGACGUUACUAUGCCGAUCCUGCUGUGUCUCUGUUCAUUACUAUGAUCAUUUUGAAGUCAGCUAUCCCCCUCACAAAGGCGACCUCGAAGGUGCUGCUACAGGCCACUCCGGACCAUAUUGACCUCCAAGACAUCAAGGAGGACAUACAGAACUUGCCCGGGGUCAUCAGCUGCCAUCACGUUCACAUUUGGCAGCUCUCGGACACGAAGGUGGUGGCUUCGAUGCACAUCCAAAUCACCUUUCCUAUCACGGACGAAGGCGGAGUUAAGUACAUGAAGCUAGCCAAACAGGCACGUCGAUGUCUUCAUGCGUACGGCAUCCACAGCGCCACAAUCCAACCGGAAUUCUGUCUAGACCAGGACUGCAACCAUAGUCAGGAUGCUCCGAUGGGACUAGAUGGUAUAGCAUCGCCAAAGAAAAUCGGACCCAGUAGCGACAAUGGCGAUGGAUGUCUACUGGAAUGCGUGGACGACUGUGUGGGAGAGGGGUGCUGUGCCAUCCCGUCCGAGGCUGCCAGCCACGAUGGCCACGGUAGCCACGAUGGUCACGGUAGCCACGAUGGCCACGGUCAAGAUGGCCGUGAUGACCACGAUCAUUCACAAGGGCACCACUAG